GCCGCCGCGGUCUUUGCAACACCGUGCGAAACCUGCGCGCAGUGCCACGAGUCCUGCCGCGCCAAGCACCGAGGUCACAGCUGCCAACUUCCGCGCCCGCGCGGCCAUUGCAGCGGCAGCCAAGGUGGCGCAGUGCUCGCCCACGGCGAGGGCAAGGCCUUCAGGUGCCGGCGCAUCUGCUGCACGGCUGCAGCGCUGGCGCAGGACACAGGAGCCCUUGGUGCUGUGCAGCACAGAGCAAGGGCUGGAGGAGAUCCUCUCCCUUGAACUGCGACGCAGCGGCCUCGCGCCAGUGAAGCUCGGGUCCGCCUGGUGCGUGAGCCGAGGAGCUCAUACUCGAAUGCUUCAGCUCUAUAGCGCCACCAGAGUCAGUCACCUCUUUGCCCUGGUGAUAGACGAUGAGUUUGAAGCCUUGACGAUUGCGGAGGAUUUGGCUACAAAGUUGGAGGCGUUGCUUGAGCCGGGAGCCUUAGAAGAGGCCUUGGACGCAGCACGUGGUAAGCAAUCCAAGGUGCCGAGAUAUGACAUUCGCUUCUCUUCGGAAAGGACUCUGGAACCAAAGUUGCGCCAGGUCGUCUCUGAAAGUCUCCGAAGAGGUCUGAAGAAACAAGUCCCAUGGCGAUUCGAUGAGAAGAGGCCCCAGGUGACACUGUGGGUACACUGGGGCCCCAGCUCUUUGGCUUUGGGCCUGGCGUCCGUCCUCUCCGCCGAGCGCCGCAACUUGUGUCGCCUCAGCGCCUUGGGGCUCCUGGGUGCGGAGGCAGCACAAGGUGGCGCCUUGGCGGACCCCUGCUGCGGCCACGGGAAGGUGCUGCAGCUGGCGCUUCGGAUUUGGCCCAAGGAGCCUUCCAGAGUUGUUGGGCAAGACCUGAGACAGGCCGCCCUGAAGACCGCGCAAAAGACCUUGGGCAGCGCGGCAGCGCUGUGCCCGGGCGAUGGGGGGCAGCUGGCCCUGCAGCCGGGGGAAGCCGACGCAGUUCUUUGUGACUUACCUAAUUCGGGAGAGCCAGAGGAAUGCGAGCAGUUGUACCACCGAGUUGUCAAGGAGGCCGCCCGUGUGCUUCGGAGCCAAGGGCGCCUCGUGCUGCUCUGCGGCCAGCCGGAGCUGCUGGCGGCGGCCGUGGUGAAGGGCCCCUGGAAGACGCGGGGUGCCUGGCCCAUGACGCGUAAAGCAGAAGUGGAGCAGUUGGUAUGCUUGGAAAAAAUGGAGGAUGCAGCCGAUAGGCGUGCAGUGGAGGCAGCAAGCAAGGAGAUUGCCGAUGCACCGGAUGCAGCCCCUCGCAGGAGAUCAAGGCGCUUUGGGAAAGACUUGGCAUUUGACGAAAAAAAGGGCCGGCGCUGCGCAAGGUGUAGGCGGGUGGAUUCACUGGAACAGCUGGUGCAUUCCACUUUGGCGGAGCUGGUGACCAUCGCCAAUGAAGCGGGUGUUCCCACCGGUGGCAAGGCCCGCAAAGGUGCUCAGAGUCAGGUUGGGAGUCUCAGAUUCAACGGCGAAAGAAGGCUCCCACCAGCCCCGGCGCCACUGGAGUCCAGGCAGAUAUCCGUGGCUGAUGGGGAACAACAUGGGAUGGCCCUGACGGGACUCGGUGGCAGUCGACAGGAGAUUUCUCGUUGGAAACCGGGUCUGUUGCCGCUCGCUUCUCAGUCCAAGCAAGAGAUCGACAUGGUGAAGAAAUGGCACAAAGCCUCGAGGAAAAAUUGUCAAACAGGCUGUGCGAGCGUGUUUGUGGGCACCGGGGGCGGUUCCGGACCAGCGCGGGUUCGAGCCCCUGUGCGUUUCAAGCCUCCCGGCGCGAAAGCCGGGCAUUUGUGA